AUGGUUGGCAUUGAAACGGCCUUGAAGCUGGACGAUCUGAACUGUAAGCCGCAAAUCGAGUACGAAAACUGCCCGGUUUGUGGGGAUCGCGUGUCCGGGUACCAUUACGGACUGCUUACCUGCGAAUCAUGCAAGGGCUUCUUUAAGCGAACAGUACAAAACAAAAAGUCAUAUCAAUGUUCAGCAGAUCAGAAUUGCGCAGUAGACAAAUCAUGUCGAAAACGAUGUCCACAUUGUCGAUUCCAAAAAUGUAUACAACGUGGGAUGAAGGUUGAAGCAGUUCGUGAAGACCGUAUGCGUGGUGGUCGCAACAAAUUUGGUUCAUAUUAUAAACGUGAUCGUGCACAACGAAUGCAACGUAUAGCGCUACGAGCUAACGGGACACACAAUUUUUUCAAUCAAAAUACCACUGAACAACAAGUUUCUAGCAGUACACCAACUGGAUUAGCAGCAACAGCGGCUGCAACUGCAGCAGCUGCUGUACACGCACAGUAUUUCGACACAAGUGGAACUCAAAAGUUCAAAAACGAUUAUGAUGCAUUACUACAAUCGCCGACGCUUUCAAGCAGUACGCAGCCUCCGACUAAUUAUGUGAUGCCACGACCGAGUGCAUAUUUGCCAAAUUGUGAUAAUUUGGCUGCUUUACUGGGUUCAUCGAUCGACGACCCGUUGUUACGCAGCUCAUCUUUUCCCAUCUAUUCGUGCGUUAAACCAGAGCCUUUUGAUGGUUAUACUGAAGCCAAUUUUCCACAACCUUCGCUUUCUACUGAUUAUUCACCAUUCUGUCCACCAACAUCAUCUUAUACAGCAAUGACAGCAAUGGCACCGAUAGCGGUAGCAGCAGGAACUCCUGCACCUGGUACCACAACAGAUCGUUCCUCACCACUGCUUCCCAUAUGCCCGUUACCUACCGAAAAAACUAUCGACAGUGUCUUUUAUGCUCCAAAACAAACGGCCCUUUUGUGCAGCUGUACAGAAUCUCUGAUGGACCCGAAUCUCCUUAUACAUUUAUUAGGUAAAGGUGACAAAACUCGAGACGCAUUCCAGUUCUGCAAAUCAGUUAUCGAAGAAAGUCUCAAUUCGAUUGUUACGUGGGCUAAAAGUGCACCGUAUUUUGAGCAGUUACCGGUCGAUGAUCAAAUAACAUUAAUUUAUACAUCCUGGGCACCAAUUCACGUUCUUGAUUUCACAUUUCAUAUUCUUCACAGUCAUUUGCCUAUUUCUAUACAAUUUGGCAAUAGUCCAUUACCUGUGUCAACCAUUUGUUUAAUGGGUUUUGAUACAUUGGCACCAAAGUUCAAUGAAUUAUGCAGUAAAUUACAGUCACUGAAUUUCGAUCGCUGUGAUUAUGCAGCAUUUAAAGUGUUAACACUCUUCGAAGAUCGAGGUGAACGAAGUGCAGUAAACAACUGCGCUUUGACAGCUCAAGUUCACGCAUCGGUACUUACAGCGUGGGCAGCAUAUCGUUCCGUUCCCAAUGCUACCGAUCAUCCUUUAUACGUUGUUUAUGAGGAAUUGAAACUUCUUGCACGUCAGGCAGCUCAUUUGCUCAGCAAAUAUUCGACAGUGGGAAUGGAAGAAAAUUUGCUGAAAGAAAUGUUAACACGCAAAGAACAUCAUUUAGUAUCUCAGCAACCGCCAUCAUCAAUACUACCACCACCGCAACAAUAUGCAUAA